AUUAAUUAUUGAUUAUUAUUAUAUUACUAUUAUUAUCAUUAUUAUUAUUAUUAUUAUUAUGAUCUAAGGAUCUUUAUACGAUAUUGAAAUAACGAAGAAACCAUCGCAAUCAUUAUUAUACCCACCGCAAUAAGAUAAAUGCCAAAGUUUGUGAAUACACACACAAUCUUCUUCCUCAAGAGACUAAGUCCCCAGAAAGUCUCCCUAUUCCUCAUCCCCAGAGACUCCCAUUUUGUCCCUUUGUGAAUUAUUCUAAAAUUGUGUAUAAUAAUAUUGUGCGUUUGUUUUUUAAAACGUCGUCGUUUUUAAACUAUACUUUUUAAAUCUUCGAUGAUAUUUCUAUAAUAUAGAAGUUUCCCCCUCCCCUCCCCUCCACUCCACUCCUCUAUAAGGCCCCAUUCUUCCCUUUCUACCCUACGCCAUCUUUAACGAUAGAGACUGAAGUAUGAUUAAUUAAUAAUUUGAUGAAUUAAUUAAUCAAUCCUCCUACUACCAACCAGCAUAUAUUAUAUAUAUAUAAUAACCCUUUGUACCCUUUUUUCUCCCCCCACCCUUAUCACUGUAUUCCUCUUUGUGAUCUCUUUCUCUUUCUCUCGAUUAAUUGUAAUUGAAUACGUAAUUUUUAACAAAACACGAAAAAAAGGAAAAAAAGCAAAGAAAAGGAAAAGGAAAAGGAAAAGGAAAAAAAAAAAGAAGGGUUAUGUCUUUAUAUCGAUGAUUUUAAGAAAGUAUAAAUUGCCUAAAUAUCUUCGAUGAUUCUGUGUUAUAAGGCUAAUGAUGAUACCAUGAAUAAAGGAACUUAUUAUAGGCUCUGUAUCGAUUCGAUCGAUUAAAAAACAUCCAUCAUUGCUCGUUUAUUUCCUUGUAAUCCUUAUUAUUAUUAUUAUUAUUAUUUUUUUAUUUAUUUAUUUAUUUAUUUAAUAUAUAAGAUAAGAAAUAAAUAUUUAAUUCCUUUGGGAAAUAAUUUUGUGAUACGAAUUAUUUGAUAAGUUUACAAAGAGGUAAAUAAAAAGAAAAGAAUAGAAUGAGAUUAAUAUAUAAAAAUUUGAAAAUUGGCGCGUUCAUUUGACAGUCGGUAAGGAAGGGAGGACGGUAAAACGCGCGGGUGGAUACGGUCGAUAAGUCAGUAGGUCGAUCAGCUGAUAAUAGAAAUACCACUAAAUGUGAAGAAUGACAGAUAAAUAUGCGCUCAUGCGCAUAUAUAUAUAUAUGUAUAUUAGUGUCGAUUUUGUUGUUCAUUCUCUUUCGGUUAAAUCGAAUAUUAUUCGCGUAUUUCCGAUCAUCGUUAGUUUUAUACCUAUUUGUUUUUUUUUUUUUUUUUUAUUACAAUAAUUAUUAUGUUUAUAGGGGGAAAAAAAAAUCAAACAAUUUGAUGUAUGAUUAUAGAUAUAGAAUUUGAAGAAAAUUCAAGUGAUCAAAAAAUUAUUUGUCAAAACAUAGAAGAGAGAGACAGAGAGAGAGAGAGGGAGAGAGGGAGAAUAUAAUAAUGGCAUGAUGUGUCUGUAUACAAAUCAAUUGAUUUAAAUAAACGUUAAAUUUGUCAUAGAUCUAUGAAGGAUAUAAAUUGUUGAUGUGGAAAAUUACGCUUAAGCAACAUGUGUAUACCUUGUUAUUUUUUUUUUUUGAAUGUUAAAUGAUAAUUUGGAUUCUUUGACAAUUAUAUCUAAACAAAAAGAUAUGGAAGCCGAAGUAAUAUUGCAAAAUAUUUUUGGUAAAUACAAUGUUAUGGAAAUGCGAAAGAUCUUACCGCAGACAUCAAAUACAAAUUUUUUGAGUACAACAGAUAGUAUAGAAAUGGUUAAAACUUACUUUCGUUAUACAUUAAUACAAUCAACUUCUCAAGAAAAUUUAACAGACAACAGGAUAGGCCGUAUAGGACAGAAAGAAGUUAAAUUUGAUAUUAAUAGUCGUGUCGGUUUGAUGAUCUCGUCACCCGAUAGAAAUAGCGUCAUUGCUCAAGGAAAUUUUUGUACGAUAAGAGCUAAUACAGGAGUUUAUAAGAAUAAAUGGAUGUACGAGGUACAAAUCGGUUCCAAAGGUAUAAUGCAAAUUGGUUGGGGAACAAUAAAUUGUAAAUACAGUUUAACGGUUGGAGUUGGUGAUACUCCUAAUUCUUAUUCGUACGAUGGCAAUCGCAUUAAAAAAUGGAACGUUAAUCCUAUCAGAUAUGGAGAAAAAUGGGUACCUGGAGAUAUCAUUGGUUGUACAUUAGACAUGAAUGAAGGAAUCAUGAGUUUCUAUAGAAAUGGAAGAAAUCUUGGUGUAGCGUUUGAUGAGAUACCUAUGGGUCCCGGUAUGGCUUAUUUUCCAACCAUAAGCCUGACAUAUACCGAAAGUCUCACAGCCAUUUUUGGAGAUAUUCCUUUUAGAUAUCCCGUAGAGGAUUAUCAACCCAUUGAAAUGGUGCCAGAAAUAGAAAUUGCACAUGCUUCGUUUAUAAUUCAUUGGAUUAAUCAAAUCUUAGAUUACAUGAUUCAAUUAAAUUAUAACAUCUUAUUAGUUGAUAAUUCAAUAACUGUACAAGCAUACCUCAAUUGUAUUUUAGAGGAUUUGAUGAAAAAACUUAGUCCUUUGCUUAGCAUUUCAUAUGUCGUCGAAGUUGUCUUCAUUCCUUUUUUAUACGAUAUUACCGAUAUCAAAUCUCUCGGUGCUAAGGCUUCACUUAGUGCUAACAAAAGUAGAAUCAAAAUAAUGACUUUCUUAGAUAUUUUAUGGACAUUUUUGGAUGAGACACAAGUUAAACAUUUAUUAGAAGAAAUAAUUGGCCUUCUUUAUUUGCUGUUCAGACAUAUUCCAUUUCAACCAGAAUAUUCAAAACAAUUCGAUAUUCUAGCUUUAUUAAUCAAUUUGUGUUUGCAUACACAAACUCGACAUUAUUAUUUAAAUUAUGAAUUAUUUGAUCGUGUCAGAUUUUUCAAUUUUGUUUAUAUUAAACCGAUGGAUCAUACGUUUCUUGAACAUAUCAUUAAUGAACCUUGGUGGGAAACCAAUCCUUUAAAUGAAGUUAUCAAUUCAAGAAAAUUUGCGUACUUUAAAGCAAUCGAGAACAUUAAAUUGUUAAUAAAAGAUUUAGAGAAGAUACAAGUAUUGUUUUUAAAGAUUUUACUUGACAAUAAUGACGGCACUGCCACUAGGGUUUCAUCGAGAAAUGUUUUUCUGACAAAAUUUCAAAAUUUCAUUUAUGAUAAUUUCGUUCGCACAGCAGCGCAAGUACAUCAUGUUCCUUUGGCACUUAGUCUCUGUAGCUUUUAUCGACUUUUAACUGUAUUUAGAGAAUUAUGGACUGAAGAAGUUGGAAAUUUUACUGUUUAUAUACCCUGCAAAUUCUUCUACGACGAAACGAUCAAUUAUCGUCAGAUCGAUAGAUUAGGUGGAGUGUUAAGUUAUUUGAAAAAAACUUAUAAAUAUGAAUUGAUCAAAAGAUUGGGUCCAGAUCACAGAGUUAUUAAAUCUAUCGAACAACCACAAAAUAAUUCAUCUCGUUUCACAAGGAGAGGAUAUUUUCAAACACAUUUGCCUCUGUAUGAUCAGAGAAACAUCGAAAAUAACUUGCAAAUGGAAUUUACAGAAAAUUAUAAUCAACAACUACCGACAUUAGUAUCAAACAAAUUAUUAAUAUUAUUGGACGCCCUUAUAUUAUUUUAUCAUGGGACAGUAAAAAGACAAGUGUCCAAACUCAGUGCACUUCAAGAUAAUAUAUUUAAAUUUUCUACCGCACUUUCAGAAAUUAAAAAACGAUUGAUAGUUGUUGAGAAUUAUCGUACUAAUGUCUUUCAAAUGUUACAACAAGAAUUAAUAAAUACGAUGGGUGUGUUUGAACAAGAAUUAUGCAAUCUGUCCAGACAAAUGGCUUGGAUUCGUGCAACGGUAUUUUCAGAAGAAAAUAUGGCACAAAUUGGUUGGUUUUUAAAUGUGGUAUCAUUAACAUUGCAUGUAGCAAGCGAGGAAGGAUAUAUGUUUACUUUUGUACCUGAAUUUUAUCUCAGUGCUCUUGCGGAUUUAUGCAACGCUAUACGCGUUGAAAUUAAUUCAAUUACGCCACUUCAAGUGAUACCGGAUCAUACGCAAAUCCUAUUACAUGUUAGCGAAUUCAUUUGUAGACAUUAUUUUAGUCCAAUUAUUAUUAAUAUUAAAUCGAGAGAAACACUAUUGUUACUAUUCGCUGGAUUCGUAUCUAAUCCGAUUACACUUAGAACGUUAGAAAAUGUAAACUUGAGUAGUAGACUGAGAGUUAUUCGAAAUCUGUUAAGACCUGCAGAAUAUAGAUGCUGGGCUCAUUCAUUGUGGAUUCUCAUGAGAUUUUGGCAGGGACAUGGAUUCGCAUUUCGUUACAAAAACAAUCCGCAUUAUGGUUCAAAAUAUGGACAAAAAUUGAUCCAACAGCCAAAUCAUCCAAAGCCUAGUCCUUCUGUAAUAUUUCAACUACACAUAAGAGAUAGACUGAUAGAAAAUAUUAAAUGCACUGAACGAUUUUUAAAUGGUCUUUUGAAUCAAAUAAAUUGGGCUUUCUCUGAAUUCAUUGGUAUGGUACAAGAAAUUUAUGAUAUUUCUUUGAAAAAAGAAAAACUAUUCAUCGAUUCACAUGAACUUAAAAUUUGUUACACGUGCUUCGAAAUAACCGUCACAUCAUUGAGAGUUUUAGAAAUGAUUUGUUUUUUGACACCAUCUAUAUUCACCGAUGAAACCUCCAAUUGUGAAACUUUAUUAUGUAGAUUAUUUCAAUUACUGUGUCAAAUAUUGAACAGGAUGAGCUCGAAAAACGAUAUCUUCCAAAAAGUUUUGUCAUUGAAUAUUCCACAUUUAGCAUUAUUAGAUCAUUUUCCAUUAUUAACAGCAGUCAUUGGAAUAUUAUUGUUAAUACUUAAAAAUGACAUGUCAUGUUAUAUGCAAAAUCCUCAGAUGAAAGUAUCUAGAGUUACGGAUUUUUUAUUAAAAGAACCAAGUUUUGAAUUGAGUUCUUUGUAUUUCGUAUUAGGAGAAGUUAAUCCAAAAUCUUCAAAAAUAACAAAUAUACUACAAUCAUGGAAAAAUACAAAAAGUCCACAAGUUUGGAAAAAAACAAAUAAUCCACUAUCUUCGAAAAAAGAAACAAAUAAUUCUACAGAACGAUUUUCACUUUUAAAGUAUAAUGAAAAUUUGGACGAUGAUUUUAUAAAUGACGAAGAAAUCCUUAAAAUCAGAGUAAUGUUGAAUUAUUUGGAAUAUUGUGAUAGUCGUUUACCAGAUUCGAAAAAUUUAAGUGACGAUGAAAAUAUUUGUACCAUUUGUUACGCUAAUCCAAAAGAUUCCAAGUUCAUUCCUUGCGGUCAUAUGACUUGUCAUUUGUGUAUCAAUCAUCAUAUUCUUAAUAAAAAAGAAUGUUUCUUCUGCAAGGCGAAAAUAAACCAAGUUGUUAAUAUUAACGAUACUCCUGAGAACUCAAUUGAGGAUUCAAUAAAGCAACAACAAACUGGAUUGUGAUUUUUUUAAUCGCUAAGAAUUUUAUCUAAUAAAUAAAAAAAAAAAAAA